AAUACAAUACAAUACAUACACUACAUUAUCUUGUGUUCACCCUGUUUAUCACACUCUCUACUAAUACACAUUAUAUGUAUGCAUAAAAAGCUGAUCCAAUUUCAGUUGUUUUAGAAACCAGAAUCCAUCUCCAUGUCUCAAGAGCUACCAAAAGAUAUAAUAAUAAACGACAUCCUGUCCCGAGUUCCAGCCAGACACAUCCUCCGUUUCAAAUCAGUCUGCAAAUCAUGGUACUCCCUUUUUCGAAACCCUAAUUUCAUCAUCAAACAUUUUCAAACUCAAUCCUUUCAUUCUGACCCUUCUUUCAUUUUCACCCCUCAAACUUUAUCAUCAUCAUCUUCUUCCCCAUCUGAUCAAAACAUAGGUUUCAUUCCAUCAGAUGAUAUCAAUAAACACAUCAAAAUCCCAAUCCAAAUUGACAUUCCCUUUCUUAAGAUCACGAAACCGUUGCGUGUUUCCGGGUCGUGUAACGGGUUAGUUUGUUUGACCGUUUUGCCCAUUGCUUCUAUCAUAUUGAUAUGGAAUCCUGCCACCAGAGUUUUUAAGGAUUUGCCUGUUUCGGGUAUCGAUAGACCUCGUGCAGGUCCGAUUAAAGUGGUUUUGGGAUUCGGGUUUGAUGAAUUGGUUGAUGAUUAUAAAGUUUUGAGGAUUGUGUAUUAUGGGUAUCCAUUGAACCAAGUGGAGAUGUACUCGUUGAGUACGAAUUCUUGGAAGGAGAUUAAGACCCGUGUGCGGUUUUUAAUUGUGGAGUCUGCAAGUAGUGUCUUUUUGAAUGGGAGGUUUCAUUGGAAUGCUAUCGGGUUUGAGGAGAGGCAGGGGAAGAAAGUUAUAGUUUGUUUUGAUUUUCGUGAUGAGGCGUUUAGGUAUAUAAUGCCUCCUGAAUUUGACUUUGAUGAUGAUGAUGAUGAUGAUGAUUCGAAAGUUAGGUGGAAUGUUGUUGUGGUUGAGGGUUUGUUGGGUGUGAUUGGUAUGUCUGGGAAACGGUUUCAAGUGUGGGUGAUGAAUGAAUAUGGAGUGGUUUCGUCGUGGAUGAAAUAUAGGGAGUUUGAACUUGAGGAUAAGGUCGGUAGGAUGUUAGGUUGUGGACUAAAACGUGAGUUUUUGUUGGAGAAGGAGGGUGGUCAGUUGGUUGUUUAUGAUUCCGAUUCACAAAGGGUUACGAAUUUGGGGGACAAUGGGGUUGCUUAUUGGUCGGAUGUGUUUAAUCAUGUUGGAAGUUUGCUUCCUAUUAAAGGAGGGAAGGUAGCCCGAAGGACCAAUUUGUCGGAUGUGGUUCCUGAUGCCUUCUUUGUUCGAAUGAUGGAUUUAACUAUAUGAGUAAUUCUCUACACAAGUCUUUGUUUUCGAUCUAAAAUGUUGUUGUUUUCUAGAUUAUUAACAAAGUUUACCUUGUUUUAGUUGUUGAAAUAGUUACAUAUCGGAUAUGUUGUUAAGCCCUAGUGUUAGGAAUAAACUGUAUGAGUGAAGGAGAGAUGGUUUCUCGAAGAACCAAUCUAUCAGACAUGGUUCCUGAUGCCUUCUUUGUUCAAAUGAUGGAUCUAACUAUAUAAGUAAUUCUCUAUACAAGUCCUUAUUUUCUAUCUAAA